AUGCCCACAUAUGUCUCUCCUGCAGCUGACUCCGCCGACCACCACCGCCCCCACCAAGACAAGCACAUACCCCCCGCCUCCCUCGCCUCCCCGGCCACAUCCUCCUCUCCGCUUCCGCACUCCGCACACCACCAACAACGACACGUCUCGCCAAACAGCGGCUACGCAAAGGUCCCCUCCAACUCCUCCCCGGUCUCUCCGCAAUCUCCGCACACCACAUCCUCCUCCGACCCCAAGGACCAAGGAACUGUCCCGCCGCACCCCGCCGCCGCUGCUGCUGCCGCUCCCGUCCAGCACCCGGUCCAGCACCCCUUCUUCCUCCCGUCGCACCCCCACCAGCAUCCGCACGGCAUGUUCAUGAUCGGUCAGCACCCGCAAAUGAUGAUGCCCUCCGCCCCCGGGCCUAUGUAUGCCCCGCAAGGCAUGGUCAUGUUUGCCGGUCCCCAGCACCCGGGCUUCCCUCAAGGCAUGGUCAUGCCGCCCGCCCACGCCGCCCACAUGCAACACCGCCCCCAGGGCCCCGUCAAGCCUGAGACCCAGGUAGAGCGAAAGGAUCGUAUUGAGCACGAGAAGCAGGAGCUCAUUCGCGAGUUUAAGAAGAAGACCAGGGAGGCUGCUUUGGUCAGGUUUAGGCAAAAGCGCAGAGAGCGCAGGUUUGGAAAACUUAUUCGCUACGACUGCCGCAAGAAGCUCGCCGAUGCACGACCCCGCGUAAAGGGACGCUUUGUCAGGAUCAAGGACGAUGAGGAUAUGGAGCAGCCCCAGGUCGUCCCGGGUUUGAAUCGGUGAUACCUGCCCCUUGCGACGUUUCGUCUAAUUUUUUCUCUGUCGCAACCUCGUGUGUGUAUAUAGUAGUGUCAGGUUUUUUCGCUAACAGUUAUGAAUUUCUUCCCCCCGCGGUUGGGGGAACAUCAAAACAAACUAUUGACGUGUACAUAA